UGGAGAUCAGCUCAUCAUGAGCUUUGCUGGAUCUCAUCCCAACAGCUUCGAUAGAUUCACAAUGAACUUUGGUUAUGGACGGGUGGACAUAAGAUGGAGUAGUUAAUAGUGGCGAGCAAAAUAUGUUUAGGCGCUUCAUUAAGCCGGUAUCUUCAGGGUUAUAUAUUUUGACUCGUGCUUCACUUCCACCCUAAGCGAUCCCUUCGUCCAUGAUGUGUCUCCAUAUUUCUAAUUUGUACGAGGACUAGGUUUCGACGCCGUGAAGCAAGUCGCCCUUGAGGAAAAUUACCGGAGCACCGAUCGAAUCUUAGCUGUAGCCGCGAGAGUUCUCCGACGUGGAAAUGUCGAAAAAUUGCAAGCAAAGGCACCGUGGGGGUCUUUGUCGGAACCUGUGCGAGUGUGGAAAGUGGAGGAACCUUACGCAGAGGCACGAAAAGUAGCACAAGAAAUCAAGAGAUUGGUGAUGGACAUGUCUAAGAAGUCUACGGCACCUGAGAAGAAAACGAAUUUCUCGAACGUCGAAGGCAUUGGAGGCCCUACAACUUCAACAGAAGAAGAAAACCGCAACGCUGAAGGUGAUAAAAAGCACAAGAACAGUUCUUCUACCUCUACUGGCCAGCAUGGAUCUGGUGGAGGCGCUUCUACCGAUGAAGGUGGAGAACCUGUGAAUUGGUCUGACUUUGCCAUCCUUCUGCGAAACAUGAAGUUCGGACGAUUGCAGGGUAAC